CCCAGGCACUGUCAUUGUUGUCCGUGUGCGGCUUUGUUGCGACCUGCCGUGGUAGAUUUCCCUUUCUACCGUCCAUUCUCUUUCAAAGUCUGCCUUCGCCAGCAGCCCCGGGUUAUUUCGGUCUCCCUUUCAUUCCUUCGCUUUCUGUUUGCGAAAUCAAUCAUUAGCGGUGUUGGACGCCGAGAACAGCAGUUUUGUAGCUCGGCACACUCUUUAGAGGCGAGCUUUUCCAGACGACAGACAGCUUUCACCAUUCGCUGAAUACCAUACACCAACGGUUUUUCGUUUUCGACCGACUUCGAUCUGUAAAAUCUGUCUCGCGCACCCGAGCGCCAUAUCGCGACCAAGACAUCGCACCCUCCCACCCGACAUUCCAGUGGGGGAAGGAACGCACACGCACAUUCACGAUGCACAACAACAGGCAUAUGCAGCGUCACAAGCUGCAUCAGGGGCUGAAGAGGACCGUUGCGGAGGAAGUGAUUGCGGAGCUGGAGAAGAGGCAAAACGGAUGGGACCGCUUCACUGACGGAGUGAAGAGUGUCAUCUCGGAUAUCAAGGCUCCUUUUGCUGCCUCCCAGACUACCGAAACUCCCGCGUCAACUCGCAACGCAGCUCCCACCCAGAAGCCCAAGCCCAAGGACGAUGACGAUGACGACGAUGGGAAAGUGACGAAGCCGGCACCAAAGGCCACCACCACUGCUGCACCGUCACCAAGGACCACAACGACCCUGAACAGGGCCGUCUCAUCCUCGAGUGUUCAGCAGCGUUCCAGCGUUGGUCUACCAGCUUCUGUUAUGCCCACGGCCACAGCCGACAUCAUUGCUGAGACCAGUCUCGCUGUUGCAACCGACAAGCCAACACUGCCGCCUGUGGCGAUCGAGACCCCGACGCCUACGUCUCUGUCCCCCGCUCAGACUUCGGCCGCAGGAGCCAGGGCAGACGCUCAAAGGGCGGAGCAGGAGGCGGGCAGCACUGCGGCCAAGGCAGGCAUCGCUUUCGGCGUUAUUGGUGGUGUUCUCAUCGUCUUCAUGGUCAUCUGGUUCAUCAUGAAACAACGCAAAGAUCAACUGGAGCGCCAGCGCCUUGACGACGAGCGCUUCAACGACGAGAAGUUCAACCGUGAAUUCGCCAGCCAGAGCGCCUCCAACGCACCGGCAGCGCCCCUCGCCGCUGGCGCCAUCGCAACCGACAGACCCAGGACCGGCAACAAGGACGAGGAGAAGCAGCUUCCCGUCUUCCCCAAGAACACCGACAACGCAUGGGAGAGACCCACAACCGGCAACAGCACGAACCCGUCCAACCCCUUUGGAAACCACGCCGAGACGUUUGACUACCGCCCAGUCAGCCCACUCUCUGAUAUCGGCGUCGCUUCGAGCACAACCCCCGUUUCGCCCAUCACGGGCGGCGUCGCCACUGGCGCUGCCGUGGUUGGUGUUGCUGCAGCCGGCGCACUCACUCGGAAAGCAUCUCUGCGCAAAGACCUGCCCCGCCCGCCCGACCUGACGCUCGACACCCCUGCCGAUGCUCCCACAGCUGCACAGCAGCCUGGUGCCACAUCACCCGGCGGCGCUGCCAUCGCUGCCGCCGGUGGACCGCCAACGUCUGCUGUCUACCGCGUCCAGAUCGACUUCCAGCCCACCAUGGAGGACGAGCUGGAGCUCAAGGCCGGAGAGCUAAUCCGGCUACUUUUUGAAUAUGACGACGGCUGGGCUCUGUGCAUCCGCCUCGACCGCUCCAAACAGGGAGUCGUGCCGAGGACUUGCCUGUCAGCACGUCCCGUCAAGCCCCGUCCCGGUCCCGGGAGGCCAGGACCGCAACAGCCCAUGAGCCGCGGCCCAGGCUCCCUCGAGCGCAAACCCGUGCCGGGCCAGGCCUACUAAGUCAUCUCAUCCAUCGAUUGGAGUGAAGAAAGAUGGGCCUACCGGGGGACCCCAUCAACCCCAGAGGCACUUCGACCUCAUCCCCGGCUGGACAAUUCUUUCUUGCACCGGCGAGCUGCGCGCCUGCAGGUCUUUCCGGUGUUUCCGUUCUUUCGAUCAUGAUAAAUACCUCCUUUCCUUGAUGACUUUUUGGCCUCGCACUCUUCUUUUUGUCAUACCCCACCUUGUUCUUCUCCAUUUGUUCACUCUUCUCGACACUCAUUCCAUAUCUCCUUUUGUCCAAAACCCACAGCCUCCCUCACCCAAGCUGCGCUCCUGACUGUAAUCCUUUGUGUGGGGAAGUGUCUGUUUGCGUAGCGGGCGCUUGACUUCUUGUCCAUACUUGUCCAUCAACUUUUUUUGAGCGAUCUGCUAGAUAAAACCGACUCUGUAGCAACCUGCACGUGGCCUGACCUCGUGCAGGGCCUUGUAACAUUACAAUCUUUUCUGUCUUGCUUGCAGUGCUAAUGCUCGGAGGGCCGAGAAUGCUUUAGGCGGGCCAAAUUGGCCCGUGCUCAACAAAUGACUCAUCUCCUUCUCCACACCUUCCUGAAUUUAUUGCGGGUCACCUGGUGUGUUUGACGCAAAGUGUUGUCCGCA